UAUACACCACUGCACUGAACAAGAAGAAGAAGGAAGAAGAGAAAAAAGGAAAGCAGAAAAAAAAUGAGUGGAGGUGGAGAAGAAGGCAAAACGCUAGAGUACACGCCGACAUGGGUGGUUGCGGCGGUUUGCACCGUCAUCGUGGCCAUAUCUCUGGCGCUGGAGCGCCUCCUCCACUACGGCGGCAAGUUCUUAAAGAAGAAAGGCCAGAAGCCUCUGUACGAAGCCUUGCAGAAAGUGAAAGAAGAGCUCAUGCUGUUGGGUUUCAUCUCUCUUCUCCUCACUGUUUUCCAAAACGUAAUCUCCAAAAUCUGCGUGCAACACGGGGUCAUGGAGCAUCUGCUUCCUUGUAAACUCGAAGACGCGGCCUCUGAAACCGCCACGCCAACUUCCCAUUUUACCCUCCAUUUCCGGCGCCUGGCGGAGGAGACGGCGGAGGAGCAAAAUACGUACUGUGCUAAAACGGGUAAGGUGCCUUUGCUGUCUGUGGAGGCAUUGCAUCAUCUUCAUAUCUUCAUAUUCGUGUUGGCCAUUGUUCAUGUCGUGUUCUGUGUUCUGACUGUGGUGUUUGGAGGGAUGAAGAUCCGGCAAUGGAAGACAUGGGAGGAUGAUAUUGCGAAACAGAAUUACGAUUCGCAGCAGUUUAUUAAUAAGAAGCAUAAGUUUACACAGGUUCAUGAGCAUGCGUUUAUCAGAGAACGGUUUCUUGGGAUGGGUAAGAAUUCAGUCUUGUUGGGUUGGCUUCAUUCUUUUCUGAAGCAGUUUUAUGCGUCUGUGACAAGAUCUGAUUAUGUGACUUUGAGGUUGGGUUUUAUUAAUACUCAUUGCAAGUCGAAUCCCAAGUUUAAUUUUCACAAUUACAUGAUUAGAGCUUUGGAGGAUGAUUUCAGAAGAGUGGUGGGUAUAAGUUGGUAUCUAUGGGUGUUUGUGGUGAUUUUCUUGCUGUUGAAUGUGAAUGGGUGGCAUACUUAUUUCUGGGUUGCUUUCCUUCCUUUCUUUCUGUUAGUUGCUGUGGGGACUAAGCUUGAGCAUGUGAUUACUCAAUUGGCUCAUGAGGUUGCCGAGAAGCAUAUAGCCAUAGAGGGGGAUCUGGUAGUUACACCAUCAGAUGGGCACUUUUGGUUUGGGAAGCCUAAGCUUGUGCUUUUCUUGAUUCAUUUCAUAUUGUUCCAGAAUGCUUUUGAGAUUGCGUUUUUCUUUUGGAUUUGGGUGCAGUAUGGUUUCGACUCCUGCAUUAUGGGGCAAGUGAGGUUCAUUGUGCCCAGGCUUGUGAUUGGGGUGUUCAUUCAGGUGCUGUGUAGUUAUAGUACUCUGCCACUCUAUGCCAUUAUCACACAGAUGGGGAGCUCUUUCAAGAAAGCUAUAUUUGAUGAACAUGUUCAAGUAGGCCUUGUUGGUUGGGCUCAGAAGGUUAAGAAAAAGAAGGCCGCUGCUGCUGCUGACGCCUCCGGCUCUGGCUCUGGCUCUGGUUCUGGUUCUGUCCAACCAAGUUCCCAUGGUGGUAGUAUUAGCUCUGCUUUCGGAAUUCAGAUGGGGAAACUUGGCAAGAAGACAACCAAGCCGGAGGAGAAUAAUUCAGACCAAAAGAAGCAGGAGGAGAAUAACUGAAAAGUAUGUGUUUUUGUUGAAUGAAUUAGCAGUAGUCCUUUGACAUGAUAUUCAAUAUCUUCUGCUUGUUCUUGCUUGACUCCUGAUCUAUAUGCUUAUUACUACCGAUUAUUAAUGGAAAUGAGUCUUGAUUGUAGUAAGUGAUACGCACAGUUUACAAUGGUUGGUCUUUUGUUUGGUG